UACACUCAGUGAUGGGAAGGGAGCAGGCCACACUUUAGGUUUCAGGGGAUUUCUCUCUCUCUCUCUCCCAUUCUUUUCAUUGAGACGUGAUGGUAAUAAGAGCUCCUGGGGGUAUUGCAGGAGUGAGGUAAUAAGAAGGGAAGGAAUCAUGCCUGACGUGAGGGCUGGGAGGAGCAGAGGGAGGACUGCAGGCUGCUGCUGCUGCUGAUCCUCCUACGUCUGUGUACAGGGUAUGGAUGUUGGGACAGUAUCUCCUGCUCAGUGUAUGGUAAUGUAGUGUAUGUGUGCAGCCUGCAUUAGCUUCUCCGUGCCCGAGCACAAAGUCAGAAAGCAACUAGUUGCUGCCUUUCCCUCCUUCCCCUGAGUGGAUGUAACGGGAUGAAGAAGAGCCAGGCUGUGAUCACAGACACCCUCCAUGGAUAACCUCCCACUUGUGGAUUAUAAAUGAUGCCAAGGAUCUGUCUGUCUGUAUACAGUGCUGCUGCUGCUGUCGCCUGGGGAUUGGGACCCUCUGAGGAUUGUGUCAGUGUCCGGGGAGAGAGCAUCUGACCUAACUCCCCACGGCUAAGUGACCCCGGCUAUGGAGGGCUCCGCUGUGUGUUUCAUGCUUUGCCCUGUGGAAAUGCUGUGUGCCUGGGUGAUGAGAGCAUGAAACCUACAGGAUGGGAGCGAACAAUGGCAAGUACGGCAGUGAGGGCAAAGGCAGCUCAAGCAUCUCAUCCGACGUGAGUUCAAGUACAGAUCACACGCCGACUAAAGCCCUGAAGAAUGUGGCUACUAGUGAAGAUUCUGACCUGAGCAUGCGGACACUCAGUACACCAAGUCCUGCACUCAUAUGCCCACAAAACCUGCAUAGCUUUCAGAAUGGGAGAGGAUCAUCCACGUCAUCAUCCUCCAUCACAGGAGAGACUGUUGCUAUAGUUCAUUCCCCACCUCCCACACGCCUCACUCAUCCACUGAUACGCCUUGCAUCCCGCCAUCAAAAAGAACAGGCCAAUAUUGACCGAUUGCCAGAUCAAUGCAUUAUCCAGAUUUUUUCAUACCUACCUACAAACCAGCUUUGUCGUUGUGCUCGUGUCUGCAGACGAUGGUAUAAUCUAGCUUGGGACCCUCGGUUAUGGAGGACUAUUCGACUGACUGGUGAAACAAUAAGCGUGGAUAGGGCUUUAAAAGUGCUGACCCGUAGACUUUGUCAGGAUACACCCAACGUCUGUCUCAUGUUGGAGACGGUAAUUGUCAGUGGCUGCAGGCGGCUCACAGAUCGAGGGCUCUACACCAUCGCCCAGUGCUGCCCUGAACUGAGGAGACUAGAGGUCUCCAAUUGUUACAACAUCUCAAAUGAGGCAGUGUUUGACGUGGUAUCAUUGUGCCCAAACCUGGAGCAUCUGGAUGUAUCAGGUUGUUCAAAAGUGACUUGCAUCAGCUUGACCCGUGAGGCUUCCAUAAAACUCUCUCCAAUACAUGGCAAACAGAUAUCAAUUCGUUUUUUGGACAUGACGGACUGUUUUGUGCUUGAAGAUGAAGGUCUGCAUACUAUUGCCGCUCACUGUACUCAACUUACUCACCUGUACCUGCGUCGCUGCAUCCGCAUCACUGACGAGGGUCUACGAUAUAUCAUGAUAUACUGUACAUCCAUCAAGGAGCUCAGUGUGAGUGACUGCCGUUUUGUAAGUGACUUUGGCAUGCGUGAGAUCGCCAAAUUGGAAUCUCGUCUGCGGUACCUAAGCAUAGCCCACUGUGGGAGGAUUACAGAUGUGGGCAUCCGUUACAUUGCCAAGUACUGCAGUAAGCUGCGCUACCUCAAUGCUCGAGGUUGUGAAGGCAUCACAGAUCAUGGAGUGGAGUACCUAGCAAAAAAUUGCACAAAACUGAAAUCAUUGGACAUCGGGAAAUGCCCUCUAGUUUCAGACAUUGGUUUGGAGUUUUUAGCUCUCAACUGCUUUAACUUAAAACGUCUGAGCCUGAAGUCUUGUGAAAGUAUCACAGGCCAAGGGAUACAGAUUGUUGCUGCCAACUGUUUUGACCUGCAGAUGUUAAACGUCCAGGACUGUGACGUGUCAGUUGAUGCUCUACGGUUUGUCAAACGCCACUGCAAGCGAUGUAUAAUUGAACACACAAAUCCUGCAUUUUUCUGAGAACAUGUAAUGUACUAAACAUGUUAUCUUAAAUAUUAAGAACCAUAUGCUAAAAUGAUAAAAAUCGAAAACAUGAAGAGAAACUUACACAUGCAGCGACUUACUCAUACGAGGUCCCGCUUUUUUGUAUGAUGUGAUAUGAAAGUAAUGGAGCGCUUUUAUCAUUUUCUUUGUUUGCAAUUUAAAUAUUUAGAUGUGUAAUGAUCAUGUAUUAUGACAUUAGUGCAUAAUGUGUGCACAUGUGUGUUGGAUAUAUAGUAUAAAGCAAGGUGAUUUGGAAUUUUUUGAAAGUGAGGGAAUCACAAGGAAAAUCUUCCUGUACACACACACAUUAGUGUGAAUGUAGUGUAAGAUUUAACAUGUUUCAGAUGUUAGGAUACAGUGAGAGAGAAUCUCUGGUUAACACCUGAGUUAGCAGUUUAUGCACAGUUUUCAAGAGAAGACUAUAACUGCCAAUACUUAAUUAUAACCAAAUUGAACUACCAGUUAUGUUUUAUUAAUGUUUUUCAUUACUUGUUUAAGAGUUUUUCAAUUAAAUUAGAAAUAAUAAAAAAAAAACAGUUAAGUAAAUUUUCCCAAAUUUUUCACUUGGUUCUUUGUAAUAGGCUUGUGUUAAAUUAAAGGAUUAUGGAAAUGUUAAAUUGCAUAUUACAUGCUAGAGCGUAUUACAGCCUCCAGAUUGUUGAGAACUUGAAUCCUUUUAUUGAUCUAACAUUGGCCCUCAUUCCGAGUUGUUCGCUCGCUAGCUGCUUUUAGCAGCAUUGCACUCGCUAGGCCGCCGCCCUCUGGGAGUGUAUCUUAGCUUAGCAGAAUAGCGAACGAAAGAUUAGCAGAACUGCUACUAAAUAAUUCUUUGCCGUUUCUGAGUAGCUCCGGACCUACUCACAGAUUGCGAUCAGCUCAGUCCGUUUAGUUCCUGGUUUGACGUCACAAACACGCCCUGCGUUUGGUUAGCCACUCCCCCGUUUCUCCAGACACUCCCGCAUUUUCCCUGACACUCCUGCGUUUUUAAGCACACUCCCGGAAAACGCUCAGUUACCACCCAGAAACGCCCCUUUCCUGUCAAUCACUCACCGAUCAGCUGAGCGACUGAAAAGCGCCGCAGGAUCCACAGCAAAACUGCUAAGUUUUUAGUUAAAUAACUAAGCGCAUGCACUCUGCGUGCCUUGCGCAUGCGCAAUUAGCAACAAAUCACAUAGCGAAAAUCGUCAACGAGCGAACAACUUGGAAUGACCCCCAUUGCCAAUACCAGUCUCCAUAUUGUUUUAUUGCACAGCACUUGUUUGUUAUAGCAGAAGCCUUUUUAGAGAUUCCGUGACAGGUUGCCAAUUAAAUGCAUUGAUGUUUUUAAUUUCUUAUAAUAAGUUGCUUGGUUCUUUUAACAUUUACAUAACCCUGGAAGAAGUUUCCAAAAUUACAUUUUAAAAUUAGAUAAAAAUUUAAUUUUCAGUAUUUCCUACCCUACCAAAAGUGUCACCUGCUAAAGUAUCUGGUAGUGGUGAUAGUUCAGUCAUUGGUGUAUGUGUUAUAUUUGCUAACGGACUGUCUGAGUUCAAUUGCAAAUAUUAUUUUUUGCUAAAAUAAAUGCAAUACAUUUUACCUACAUACUCUCUGACAAAUGCAUUUCAAUUGAAGCAUUUGUAACACAGGUGGCGGUGGGAUUUAAAAAAGAAUUAAACUCAGUUUUGAAUCCUGUCAAGUAAAUGGAGCUCAGCCAAGAAGUUUCAACUAAUUUAGGCAUAUUUACAUUUUAUUUUAAACCUUUUAGUGUUUUGCCACUAUUCCCAGCUGUUAUAGAGAGCUGUUUACCAGAAUGCCAUCCACUUUUCAAGGACUGGUAGGAUUCCAGGGCUGCAAUAAUUACAAAGGUAAUCCAUCACCCUUGCCAUGCGUAUCACUACAACAGAAUUUUCAUACUGUAUGUAUCACUUUAAUGUCAUGGCCUUGCAGUUGUUCAUAGUUAUUACUAGGACAGUUCAACUGGAAUUCAGUGGGGCAGAUGUGGCCCUAAAGGUAUUCCAGCUACCUAUAUUUUAACUGUGAAUUCUCCAACUACUUUAGGCUACUUUUAUGAAAAUAUCAGCCACGAUAUAAUAAGAGCUUAACAUCACAGAUGUAGAUAACACUGCUCCACCAUUGAAGAAUUUAUCCCAAUCCAGUAGUAUACAUUUGCUGAUAAUGAGCAAAAUAAUCUGUAUGACUAAUCUGUGUGUUAAAUACUGAAAAUUGGGCAAUUAUAAAGCAGUCACUGAUUUGUAGAUUUUAAUUUGAUUAGAUUUCUAACUCCUCGGUGCUAAGGUAUUUGCAUAAUUAAACCAUGCAAGAGAAUAAAAUGGAAUUGCAUGGCUUUUUAAAAAAAAAUUCAGGGUUUUUCAGUGUAAUCCAAAAAUGACUAAGCAUCCCAUGCUAGAAGAAUAAGAAAAUCAGACUGUACUGUACAUGCUGGUCCGAUUUAUAGCCACGCUAGCUGGCUCUUACAAUAAAACAUAAACACAGUGUCCAAUUUUUUUAUCCUGAAUGAAUUUGUUUAUUGUGCCAAUCAGAGGCGGAUCCAGAAGAAAAUAACGUGGGGGCACCACAAUAAGGGACAGGGUUUAGCGCUGACAGUGAUAUACUGUCUCGGAAAGGGCUGUGCCCUUACUGCAAGGUGCGUGUUCAUAUAUAUAUGCCUUCCCAAGAGCCACACCCCUCAUUUUCGUCAUGCUGGCGGCAUGGGGUACAUAAACAAGAACAAGAGCCUUACAUGCUUGCCGUGCCACCUGACUUCUCUACUGAGUCUGUGUGCCUUGGCCGAAGUGAAUAAAUUAUACAGGGCAGUUGUUAAAAUAAAGCGAGGACAGUGCAGUUAAAAAGCACUUGGCAUACAAUAGUGGCUUAUGCUGUUGUGCACCUCACAGUACUCUUUGCCACUUCACUGCCCACCUCACAGUUCCCUGCCCCCUCACUGUCCUUCUCAGAGCACUUCUCCCUAAUAACCACCUCUCAGCAGUCCCUGCCAUUUUAAUGUUCAUAGCACUGUCCACCACAGCUAGGGCUGGCAACACUGAUACUGAUGUCUCUGGGGCCCCCCUACCUCAACCCCGCACCCCACCCAGAGUAGGAGGCCUGUGUGCAGGAUCUGUCUGGUCCCCCUCCUCUCUUGCCAGCAGCGCUGUAGACUCUGUUCACUAGGGGACCAUAGAGUUGUCCCAGAGUGUAGUGAACAUGUGCGCUACACGUGCAUGUGCACUACACUUUCUGGCUAAAUGGUGUGGUUGCCAUUUUCCUAGAGAUUUUUUUACUGUUCAUGCGUGAAAGCCGGGAAAAUGGCCACGAACAUUUUCAUGGUGAUUUCUGCAUCGCUGCUGCUGCUAACGCCAGACUCUGGAGAGUAAGUAUUGAAUAAAAUGGAUGCAGUGUGGGCACCCCAGGGACUGUGUACACUGCAUACACUGCACCCAUUAUAAAUACGCCACUGUUGCCUGCUAACCGUUGGAGACCUGUUACUCUAAAUGAUUCCCUCAAAGAGACAUGCCCAAUUAAAUCAUGGAUCUCUAACAACACCUUAAACUCUACCUCUGUCUGAAUAGGCAAAUUAAAAAACAGCUCAAAAUACAUAAAGAAGCAUAGUGUAAAGGAAAAUCUAAAGAAAUGCAAGAGGCCAGUAGAAAACAUGCGGUAGAAAACAGCAUAUUACGCAGCUGCAAUGGAAAACGUAGAACCUCCCCCAAAAACUCCAAAGACCUAAAUGGCCAUCGUAUUGACUUAAUGAGGGGCAAACUUGAAAGAUUGCAAGAACACUUUAAGAACCUAUUAAAUUGCCCCAGGCCUGAAAAUUUAGACCCUGAGUUACUGGAAAACAAUGACCUAAUGGAUGACCCCCUAAAUGCAGACGAAAUUAGAUGAGAAAUUAAAAAGCUGAAGAAUGGAAAAGCACCAGGCAUUGAUUACAUACCAGCAGAAAAUGUAAAAAGCAGGAGGAGAGGUAGUAGUAAGCCAACUUAGGGCCUAAAUCAGACCUGAUCACUGUUGUGAGAUUAUACGGGCAAUUAUCGAAAGACUGUGCAUACGUAUGGGUCGCAAUGCGCAGGCCAAACUGUGAAAGAAUGGUGCGAAAAUUUGACAGGAAGCAGACGUUUGGGGGUGUUAACUGCCCGUUUUCUGGGAGUGUCAAGAAAAAUGCAGGCGUGCCCAUGCGUUUUCUAGGAGGGUGUGUGACGUCAGCUCCGGCACGAUCAGCCUGUUUGUAUUGCAGUGUAGGAGUAAGUCCUGGGCUACGCACAGACUGGAAAAAUCAUUUGAUGGUGAGUAAGUUGCAAACGGAUUUGCAGAUGUCCGCUGUCUGGCAAAGUUUUCGCACGGCGUACGCAUGCAUUUGCACACUUGCACAGGGCGAGUUUUCACUCUCUAUGGGUGGCAGCUAUCUGCAGACCUCUGCAAAAACACAGAGGAGCGAUCAGGUCUGAAUUAGGCCCUUAGAAACAUACAGUAUAUACAAUUGCUUGGAAAGAUUACUGUAUGCCAGAAGACUUCAAAGAUGCCAUCAUAAUUAAUAUUCACAAAAAAAGUGACCAUACAAACUAUAAAAACUACAGAGACAUGCAGGCUCAGAGUGCUGCUGCUGAUCUCCAGUCCUUUAGAAAAAAAAUGCCAGAAAUGACAGGGGGACCCCCGUGCCCACCCCCCUCCCCCUAUGGAUCCGCCUAUGGUGUCAAAGGCAUGCAUUCAAUUAAGCUUUACAACAAUUACUUACCUUCAGUUCACAAAUCUGAGCUUCUGUAUAGAAAUAUAGAACAGAAAUAGUGAAAGCGUAGAUCUAAAAUAUCAUAUAUUGCAUAAAUGGGUCAAUUAAACGGCAUAUGUCAUAAGGAUUAUGUAUGAGAUUGUAUUUCCUCUUAUAUUUCCUUUUAAGUAAUUGAAUGGGGAUAAAAUAUGUCAGUCUUAACUAUUAUCACCCGUAUUUAUUAUCAAUGAAAUAGAUCAUAAUCCUGACAAUUUUUAUGCUCAUUGGUUCACCUAAAUCUAAUUUCAGGUAAAGUUUCCACAUAAUUUGGUUAAUUAGGUUUGCAUUAUUAAGUAGACAUUUGGACUAUAAAACCACAAUAUUUUUCUAUAGGUAAAACAAAAAAUAUCUUUUUGUACCCAUCUCAUAUUUUAACGUAUGGUAUCAUCCUCAUUAUUAUAUUCAGAAGUGUAUGUAAGCAGCGUUCACAAUAUUUUAUUAACUAUUGGACAUACUGUACUUUGGAAUAUGAAGUAAAUAUUGUCCUUUUAGUAUGAUCGCAACCCAUGGAAAUAAUCAAACCAUUGAUAAGAAGAUAACUUACAAGAAUUUCUAUUUUUCGGUUUAUAACAAAAUUGUCCAUUUAUAACAACUUAUCUUAAGAUCUAAAGCUAAAGGUUUUGUAGAGUGAUGCAACAAUGUAUCAAUAUUCUAGGAAACUAAAUUGUAAUGGCAACUUCCUGCCAAGAUGUAUUGUGAUGUAUGGGGAAGGGGCCAAACAACUUUUCAUACUUAUUUGCUGCAUGUCUUUAGAAAUGUCCAAUGCACAAGUAGAGAAGCUGGUUAAAAUAAAAAUAUAUACAGUACCUAUUUCUUCUACACCAAAGUUGUAAAAACAUUCUAUUUCUUAGGUGUUUUAUAACUUUUUUGAUGUGAAGCUUAUACUAUAAAAUGAGAUAGAUUCUUCCAUUUUUUUAAACAACAAUAUUAACAUAAUGCUACCAUACCUAGCAUUGGAAAGUGGUUUAUGGCUAACAUGUUACUUUCCUUGUACAGUAGAUUCAAAUGUUGCAACUACUGUAUUUUCCUAAAGAGUUUUUCUUAAAUAUGGCUUCUGGUAUCUCAUCAGUGCUCUGUAAAUGUCCCUUUCCAUAAACAACCAAUAUGUAUUCUGUUAUUGUUUUAUGCUAAUGAGUAAAGAACAAUUUGAGGAAAUAUGGAACGCAUUAAGCUGAAUGCAAACUGAUCACUUUUGUGCCUAGGAAUUUCAAUUUCCUAUUGUUGAGUGCCUUACACAGUUACUGUAUUAGGUUUGCCAAAUACUCCACUGUGGUGUAUUGUGUCUUAGUCAUACUGUAGAUUUAUUGAAACCUUAAAACACACUCGGUAUACUAUUUUAGUUUACAAAGACAUACUUUAAGCAAGAUAUUACAUUACAAUCUCAAUUUUUAUUUUCACCAUUGUCAUAAAGGUUUUGAAAUGUUGACACAUCUGUUCAAUUUUCAUGUAAAAUAAUUGUAAAGGUUGUAGGCUAUGUGAUAUACUGUACCUGUAUGAGUCAGGCAUAAAUUCAUGCCAAAUGGCUAUUCCAUGCCAUCUAUGUUGCAAAUGGUAAACUGAGAAUCUGUAUUCACGUCCAACCACUGAAUCAGGCCAGCAUGCAAACCAUAUUUAUCUUUUUUCAUGAUUGGGUUGCAGGAUUUAAUGUCUCUUACAAUAAAUAAAUAAAUAAGGGAAAGAGCAAUUAUUCUAUAUGCAUCCCAUGCAAAAUAUAUUUGUCAGCUAAGCCAGCAUCAUACAAUGUUUCGGGCUGUACACUGCACUUCACUUAAACAAACUAAAAAAAAAGUAAUAUGUUCUAUUAUGAAAAAAAGUUACAAAUAUCAAAAUGAUAUACUUACAGUAUGUAUUUUUUGGUUUACUAAACAAUGACUUUUUAUGGCAUACCCCAUGCCAUGAGUCCUAAAUAUCCACCCUGUGUUUUAUUUUCAGUGCCGGAUACAAUAAAACAGUUAUAAAAGCCUAUUCUUACUAAUGUCAAGCAAUAUUAUAGCAUUAAUGAACAGACAUUGUUUUUACACCAAACCUAGUACAUUAAGUGAAGAACAAUACAGAUAUCUAUUUUUGGAUUCAAAAUGUACUAAUUUCACAUUUUAGCAGUUAUCUUCUUGAGAUGACUUAUAUGAUCAAUUAUUAAACAUAGCUCUAAUUAUUCAAUAUGGUGGAGAAAAUGGUAAAUUACAGCUGAUUAGUUCUAUAAAAAUGUACAUAGACGAAACCUAGUUAUUUCACUAUGCAUAUAGGAAUUUAACAUGUAAAAAGUAUUUAAUUUUUGUUCUCUUAGUUAUGUUAAUGUACCAAUACUCUGUCUUGUCUUUGAAAUGUUUAGCUGUUUAAUGUGUUUGUAUCGACAUGUGAUGUUCUUAUGAAACUGCACAA